CUCUAUACAUAUAUCAACACACCUGACAGGUAGGACGACAAGAUAAUCUACUCACAGAAUAUGGUGUAUUGUUCCAUACGUGAGUAUGACCGGGACAAAGAAAACAUCGCCUCUUCUCAAAUUGCCUAAUUUAACUUCUAAUGAUACCGGAUGUAGAUCAGAUUAUACAGAAUCGACCUUGAUGAUCGAGACACCAGCGAUUGAUCAACUUCAAACUCACAGAGAAGAUGUUAGAUUAUUCCAAGAAAACUAUCGAUGUUAUGGAAGAGAGAACGAAAUCAAAACCAUAAACCAAAUACACAAAAUAAAACAGGAUCUGAACAAGGCUAUGCCCUUUCGACUUCAAACCAGGAACCAGGACAAUACGCCAACGGGAACAGCCAAGGCCCCUGAAACCUCUUCUUCUUCCACAUACGCAAAAAGAACAAAGUAUCAUAGAAUGAGCCGAAAUAAUUUCUUACGGAAUGACAGCGCUUCCGGCGAUUCCUUUCAGUGGUCACAGAUUACAGACCAGGUCGUGAUCAAUGGUCAACUAUCAACUCCAACGCUACGACCGAGACGAAAACGACCAAAAUGGCCGCCCGGAUUACAAAAUGAAAGUAGUACUCCAAGUUUUUCUCAUAAAUAUGCAGAUCAAGUUCUUCCGGGAUUGGGAACGAGUGAAAAUCGUCCGCCGCAACUUUAUCCUGAACAUACGCAUAAGUGCUUUGGACCUUCCUCUAAAAUAAAACCGAUAAAAACUCUGGGCUGUGUUUUAGCUAAACAUGGUUACGACAUGACGGAUCCUAGAACUUCCGGGGUAUCGGGAAGGCCUACACAAUAUUGCCAUUCGGAUAAAUACAUGGCUUCGAGGAUUAACACCAAUAUCAUUGAUACUACGUGUUAUGACGAGUUUUCCCGCAUCUCCGAGACAAUUCGCCCGGAUGAUAAAUUACCAAGUUUCACUCCAAGAACCAAUGACUAUAGUUUAUCUCGAUCUGAAAUGGGCCGAUGUUUUCCGGUGUUUACGUCUGAUGGCGGACCUAUGAGAAAACAUGGCCACGUCGGUCCUCUUUCUCCAGGAAGAUCCAGUAAUAUUUAACGGGUGUUAAAUUUACUCACUUACUGGAUUUACUCACUUGACUUGCAAUGUUAGUGUGCUGUGUUCCUUAUAUGUCGAAUUCUGUUUAUGUGCAUUGUGGUUCUCCUUACUUAUGAAAGUCUUAGAGGUCAAGGCCAUGCUUAAUCACAUAUUCUGUUGGAAACGAGAUAGUACUAUUCUUGAUUUUUUUCUGCAGUGUUCGUGUGUUGUGUGCCUUGUAUGUCUGAUUCUGUUUAUGGGUAAUGCGGUUACUAAUGAAAGUCUUAGAGGUCAAGGUCAUACUCAAUCACAUAGGAGAUGCUCGAUUCCUAGUCCAGAACGUCCCGAAAUAACAGAAUUGCAAUCGAGUAACGCGGAAUUCAGUUCUGUCACAGUUUUGUCAGUGUGAGUAGAAUCGUGACGUAAUUAAACACAACGAAUAUGUUUCGACUGUAUGGUUGGUUGAGAUAUUUACUUACUCCGUCGACGCAUGCGUUGUAGCCCGAAAUCCACCUUUUCACUCGAUUGUCACUAUUUUUGGAGAUUGAGAGUUUUCAAUUCCAGAACGUUCAAUCGGGUACCCCCAUAUUCUGUUGGAAACGAGAUAGUACUAUUAAUUAUAAUACACAAUGUAACGGGUUUAGUUCUUGUGGUCCAGUCACUUGGUUUGGUAGAACGUUUGUUAUUUAUUGCUUGUAAUGUUCGUGUGGUGUGUUAUGUCCGCGGGUUUGUCUUCUGGGUUUAUGUCUAUAUGUGAUGCGG